UAGUUUAAAGUUAUCAAUUGUUGAUAUGACACGCUGUUUGUGACCGAUUAUGUUUUUAACUUAUAUAAUAAUUAAUUUAUUAAUAAUUAAUUUUAAAUAUGUAAAAUCUAACAGUGAUUUUGAUCUUUUGGAAAAUGAACGAGUUUACGACUCUGCUAGUAUUGAAACCACUGACGAGCAAGUAUAUUCAAAUGGGACUUGGCUAUGCGGUAAAUGUACGGACUUAAAUGAUACUAAAAUUAAAUAUAACGAAUCGUAUGAUAUUGACAUAAAUGGCGACAAUGCAGAUGUACAGAUCGGUGUGUCAAUCCCCGACAUGAGAUGUGUGACAGUGACAACAAAUGACACUGUAAACGUCAAGCUUGUGUCGGGAUCAUGCAGCGGUGACAGCGUCACUUUGCGUGUCUACAGUACGUCACAUUAUGAUGUUAACGUUUAUUAAAUGACUGAUUGGUUUCUUAAAAUAUUAAUGUAAAGUAAAUAUACGGUUUACGAUGUUUUUUUUAUUU